AUGCAGAACUGGUUAUUCAUCUCUCAUUACAGGAUAUUUCUCCCCAGGGAAGCUCCGAGACGCCCUGAUAUAUCCAAAACUGGUGCUUCAUCUCUCAUUACAAGAACUUUUCUCCCCAGGGAAGCUCCUAGACGCCAUGAUCUAUGCAGAACUGGUUAUUCAUCUCUCAUUACAGGAUUUUUCUCCCCAGGGAAGCUCCGAGACGCCUUGAUAUAUGCAGAACUGGAAGCUCCUAGACGCCCUGAUAUAUCUAAAACUGGUUCUUCAUCUCUCAUUAUAAGAACUUUUCUCCCCAGGGAAGCUCCUAGACGCCCUGAUCUAUGCAGAACUGGUUAUUCAUCUCUCAUUAAAGGAUCUUUUCUCCCCAGGGAAGCUCCGAGACGCCUUGAUAUAUGCAGAACUGGUUCUUCAUCUUUCAUUAGUGUACCUUUUCUCCCCAAGGAAGCUCCUAGACGCCCUGAUAUAUCCAAAACUGGUACUUCAUCUAUCAUUACAAGAACUUUUCUCCCUAGGGAAGCUCCGAGACGCUUUGAUCUAUGCAGAACUGGUUCUUCAUCUUUCAUUACUAUACGUUUUCUCCCCAAGGAAGCUCCUAGACGCCCUGAUAUAUCCAAAACAGGUUCUUCAUCUCUCAUUACAAGAACUGUUCUCCCCAGGGAAGCUCCGAGACGCCCUGAUCUAUGCAGAACUGGUUAUUCAUCUCUCAUUACAGGAUCUUUUCUCCCCAGGGAAGCUCCGAGUCGCCUUGAUAUAUGCAGAACUGGGAAGCUCCGAGACGCCUUGAUCUAUGAAGAACUGGUUCUUCAUCUUUCAUUUCUGUACCUUUUCUCCCCAAGGAAGCUCCUAGACGCCCUGAUAUAUCCAAAACUGGUUCUUCAUCUCUCAUUACAAGAACUUUUCUCCACAGGGAAGCUCCUAGACGCCCUGAUCUAUGCAGAACUGGUUAUUCAUCUCUCAUUACAGGAUCUUUUCUCCCCAGGGAAGCUCAGAGACGCCUUGAUAUAUGCAGAACUGGUUCUUCAUCUUUCAUUACUGUACAUUUUGUCCCCAAGAACUUUUCUCCCCAGGGAAGCUCCGAGACGCCUUGAUCUAUGCAGAAGUGGUUCUUCAUCUUUCAUUACUGUACCUUUUCCCCACAAGGAAGCUCCUAGACGCCCUGAUAUAUCCAAAACUGGUUCUUCAUCUCUCAUUACAAGAACUUUUCUCCCCAGGGAAGCUCCUAGACGCCCUGAUCUAUGCAGAACUGGUUAUUCAUCUCUCAUUGCAGGAUCUUUUCUCCCCAGGGAAGCUACCAGACGCUUUGAUAUAUGCAGAACUGGUUCUUCAUCUUUCAUUACUGUACCUUUUCUCCCCAAGGAAGCUCCUAGACGCACUGAUAUAUCCAAAACUGGUUCUUCAUCUCUCAUUACAAGAACUUUUCUCCCCAGGGAAGCUCCUAGACGCCCUGAUCUAUGCAGAACUGGUUAUUCAUCUCUCAUUACAGGAUCUUUUCUCCCCAGGGAAGCUCCGAGACGCCUUGAUAUAUGCAGAACUGCUUCUUCAUCUUUCAUUACUGUACCUUUUCUCCCCAAGGAAGCUCCUAGACGCCCUGAUAUAUCCAAAACUGGUUCUUCAUCUCUCAUUACAAGAAGUUUUCUCCCCAGGGAAGCUCCGAGACGCCUUGAUCUAUGCAGAACUGGUUCUUCAUCUUUCAUUACUGUACCUUUUCUCCCCAAGGUAGCUCAUAGACGCCCUCAUAUAUCCAAAACUGGUUCUUCAUCUCUCAUUACAAGAACUUUUCUCCCCAGGGAAGCUCCUAGACGCCCUGAUCUAUGCAGAAUUGGGAAGCUCCGAGACGCCUUGAUCUAUGCAGAACUGGUUCUUCAUCUUUCAUUACUGUACCUUUUCUCCCCAAGGAAGCUCCUAGACGCACUGAUAUAUCCAAAACUGGUUCUUCAUCUCUCAAUACAAGACCUUUUCUCCCCAGGGAAGCUCCUAGACGCCCUGAUCUAUGCAGAACUGGUUAUUCAUCUCUCAUUACAGAAUCUUUUCUCCCCAGGGAAGCUCCGAGACGCUUUGAUAUAUGCAGAACUGGUACUUCAUCUUUCAUUACUGUACCUUUUCUCCCCAAGGAAGCUCCUAGACGCCCUGAUAUAUCCAAAACUGGUUCUUCAUCUCUCAUUACAAGACCUUUUCUCCCCAGGGAAGCUCCUAGACGCCCUGAUCUAUGCAGAACUGGUUAUUCAUCUCUCAUUACAGGAUCUUUUCUCCCCAGGGAAGCUCCGAGACGCCUUGAUAUAUGCAGAACUGGUUCUUCAUCUUUCAUUACUGUACCUUUUCUCCCCAAGGAAGCUCCUAGACGCCCUGAUAUAUCCAAAACUGGUUCUUCAUCUCUCAUUACAAGAAAUUUCUCCCCAGGAAGCUCCGAGACGCCUUGAUCUAUGCAGAACUGGUACUUCAUCUUUCAUUACUGUAUCUUUUCUCCCCAAGAAAGCUCCUAGAUGCCCUGAUAUAUCCAAAACUGGUUCUUCAUCUCUCAUUACAAGAACUUUUCUCACCAGGGAAGCUCCGAGACGCCUUGAUAUAUGCAGAACUGGUUCUUCAUCUUUCAUUACUGUACCUUUUCUCCCCAAGGAAGCUCCUAGACGCCCUGAUAUAUCCAAAACUGGUUCUUCAUCUCUCAUUACAAGAGAUUUCUCCCCAGGGAAGCUCCGAGACGCCUUGAUCUAUGCAGAACUGAAAUUUCUCCCCAGGGAAGCUCCGAGACGCCUUGAUCUAUGCAGAACUGGUACUUCAUCUUUCAUUACUGUAUCUUUUCUCCCCAAGAAAGCUCCUAGACGCCCUGAUAUAUCCAAAACUGGUUCUUCAUCUCUCAUUACAAGAACUUUUCUCACCAGGGAAGCUCCGAGACGCCCUGAUCUAUGCAGAACUGGUUAUUCAUCUCUCAUUACAGGAUCUUUUCUCCCCAGGGAAGCUCCGAGACGCUUUGAUAUAUGCAGAACUGGUUCUUCAUCUUUCAUUACUGUACCUUUUCUCCCCAAGGAUGCUCCUAGACGCCCUGAUAUAUCCAAAACUGGUUCUUCAUCUCUCAUUACAAGAAAUUUUCUCCCCAGGGAAGCUCCGAGACGCUUUGAUCUAUGCAGAACUGGUACUUCAUCUUUCAUUACUGUAUCUUUUCUCCCCAAGAAAGCUCCUAGACGCCCUGAUAUAUCCAAAACUGGUUCUUCAUGUCUCAUUACAAGAACUUUUCUCACCAGGGAAGCUCCGAGACGCCCUGAUCUAUGCAGAACUGGUUAUUCAUCUCUCAUUACAGGAUCUUUUCUCCCCAGCGAAGCUCCGAGACGCUUUGAUAUAUGCAGAACUGGUUCUUCAUCUUUCAUUACUGUACCUUUUCUCCCCAAGGAAGCUCCUAGACGCCCUGAUAUAUCCAAAACUGGUUCUUCAUCUCUCAUUACAAGAAAUUUUCUCCCCAGGGAAGCUCCUAGACGCCCAGAUCUAUGCAGAACUGGUUAUUCAUCUCACAUUACAGGAUCUUUUCUCCCCAGGGAAGCUCCGAGACGCCUUGAUAUAUGCAGAACUGGUUCUUCAUCUUUCAUUACUGUACCUUUUCUCCCCAAGGAAGCUCCUAGACGCCCUGAUAUAUCCAAAACUGGUUCUUCAUCUCUCAUUACAAGAAAUUUUCUCCCCAGGGAAGCUCCGAGACGCCUUGAUCUAUGCAGAACUGGUACUUCAUCUUUCAUUACUGUAUCUUUUCUCCCCAAGAAAGCUCCUAGACGCCCUGAUAUAUCCAAAACUGGUUCUUCAUCUCUCAUUACAAGAACUUUUCUCCCCAGGGAAGCUCCUAGACGCCCAGAUCUAUGCAGAACUGGUUAUUCAUCUCUCAUUACAGGAUCUUUUCUCCCCAGGGAAGCUCCGAGACGCCUUGAUAUAUGCAGAACUGGUUCUUCAUCUUUCAUUUCUGUACCUUUUCUCCCCAAGGAAGCUCCUAGACGCACUGAUAUAUCCAAAACUGGUUCUUCAUCUCUCAUUACAAGACCUUUUCUCCCCAGGGAAGCUCCUAGACGCCCUGAUCUAUGCAGAACUGGUUAUUCAUCUAUCAUUACAGGAUCUUUUCUCCCCAGGGAAGCUCCGAGACGCCUUGAUAUAUGCAGAACUGGUUCUUCAUCUUUCAUUACUGUACCUUUUCUCCCCAAGGAAGCUCCUAGACGCCCUGAUAUAUCCAAAACUGGUUCUUCAUCUCUCAUUACAAGAAAUUUCUCCCCAGGGAAGCUCCGAGACGCCUUGAUCUAUGCAGAACUGGUACUUCAUCUUUCAUUACUGUAUCUUUUCUCCCCAAGAAAGCUCCUAGACGCCCUGAUAUAUCCAAAACUGGUUCUUCAUCUCUCAUUACAAGAACUUUUCUCACCAGGGAAGCUCCGAGACGCCUUGAUCUAUGAAGAACUGGUUCUUCAUCUUUCAUUACUGUACCUUUUCUCCCCAAGGAAGCUCCUAGACGCCCUGAUAUAUCCCAAACUGGUUCUUCAUCUCUCAUUACAAGACCUUUUCUCCGCAGGGAAGCUCCUAGACGCCCUGAUCUAUGCAGAACUGGUUAUUCAUCUCUCAUUACAGGAUCUUUUCUCCCCAGGGAAGCUCCGAGACGCCUUGAUAUAUGCAGAACUGGUUCUUCAUCUUUCAUUACUGGAAGCUCCGAGACGCCUUGAUCUAUGCAGAACUGGUACUUCAUCUUUCAUUACUGUAUCUUUUCUCCCCAAGAAAGCUCCUAGACGCCCUGAUAUAUCCAAAACUGGUUCUUCAUCUCUCAUUACAAGAACUUUUCUCACCAGGGAAGCUCCGAGACGCCUUGAUCUAUGCAGAACUGGUUCUUCAUCUUUCAUUACUGUAUCUUUUCUCCCCAAGGAAGCUCCUAGACGCACUGAUAUAUCCAAAACUGGUUCUUCAUCUCUCAAUACAAGAACUUUUCUCCCCAGGGAAGCUCCUAGACGCCCUGAUCUAUGCAGAACUGGUUAUUCAUCUCACAUUACAGGAUCUUUUCUCCCCAGGGAAGCUCCGAGACGCUUUGAUAUAUGCAGAACUGGUUCUUCAUCUUUCAUUACUGUACCUUUUCUCCCCAAGGAAGCUCCUAGACGCCCUGAUAUAUCCAAAACUGGUUCUUCAUCUCUCAUUACAAGACCUUUUCUCCCAAGGGAAGCUCAGAGACGCCUUGAUAUAUGCAGAACUGGUUCUGCAUCUUUCAUUACUGUACCUUUUCUCCCCAAGGAAGCUCCUAGACGCCCUGAUAUAUCCAAAACUGGUUCUUCAUCUCUCAUUACAAGAACUUUUCUCCCCAGGGAAGCUCCGAGACGCCUUGAUAUAUGCAGAACUGGUUCUUCAUCUUUCAUUACUGUACCUUUUCUCCCCAAGGAAACUCCUAAACGCCCUGAUAUAUCCAAAACUGGUUAUUCAUCUCUCAUUACAAGAACUUUUCUCCCCAGGGAAGUACCGAGACGCCUUGAUCUAUGCAGAACUGGUUCUUCAUCUUUCAUUACUGUAACUUUUCUCCCCAAGGAAGGUCCUAGACGCCCUGAUAUAUCCAAAACUUGUUCUUCAUCUCUCAUUACAAGAACUUUUCUCCCCAGGGAAGAUUCUAGACGCCCUGAUCUAUGCAGAACUGGUUAUUCAUCUCUCAUUACAGGAACUUUUCUCCCCAGGGAAGCUCGGAGACGCAUUGAUAUAUGCAGAACUGCUUCUUCAUCUUUCAUUACUGUACCUUUUCUCCCCAAGGAAGCUCCUAGACGCCCUGAUAUAUCCAAAACUGGUUCUUCAUCUCUCAUUACCAUAACUUUUCUCCCCAGGGAAGCUCCUAGACGCCCUGAUCUAUGCAGAACUGGUUAUUCAUCUCUCAUUACAGGAUAUUUUCUCCCCAGGGAAGCUCCGAGACGCCUUGAUAUAUGCAGAACUGUUUCUUCAUCUUUCAUUACUGUACCUUUUCUCCCCAAGGAAGCUCCUAGACGCCCUGAUAUGUCCAAAACUGGUUCUUCAUCUCUCAUUACAAGAACUUUUUUCCCCAGGGAAGAUCCUAGACGCCCUGAUCUAUGCAGAACUGGGAAGCUCCUAGACGCCCUGAUCUAUGCAGAACUGGUUAUUCAUCUCUCAUUACAGGAUCUUUUCUCCCCAGGGAAGCUCCGAGACGCCUUGUUAUAUGCAGAACUGGUUCUUCAUCUUUCAUUACUGAAACUUUUCUCCCCAAGGAAGCUUCUAGACGCCCUGAUAUAUCCAAAACUGGUUCUUCAUCUCUCAUUACAAGAAAUUUUCUCCCCAGGGAAGCUCCGAGACGCCUUGAUCUAUGAAGAACUGGUUCUUCAUCUUUCAUUUCUGUACCUUUUCUCCCCAAGGAAGCUCCUAGACGCCCUGAUAUAUCCAAAACUGGUUCUUCAUCUCUCAUUACAAGAACUUUUCUCCCCAGGGAAGCUCCUAGACGCCCUGAUCUAUGCAGAACUGGUUAUUCAUCUCUCAUUACAGGAUCUUUUCUCCCCAGGGAAGCUCAGAGACGCCUUGAUAUAUGCAGAACUGGUUCUUCAUUUUCAUUACUGUACAUUUUGUCCCCAAGAAGCUCCUAGACGCCCUGAUAUAUCCAAAACUGGUUCUUCAUCUCUCAUUACAAGAACUUUUCUCCCCAUGGAAGCUCCUAGACGCCCUGAUCUAUGCAGAACUGGUUAUUCAUCUCUCAUUACAGGAUCUUUUCUCCCCAGGGAAGCUCCGAGACGCCUUGAUAUAUGCAGAACUGGUUCUUCAUCUUUCAUUACUGUACCUUUUCUCCCCAAGGAAGCUCCUAGACGCCCUGAUAUAUCCAAAACUGGUCCUUCAUCUCUCAUUACAAGAACUUUUCUCCCCAGGGAAGCUCCGAGACGCCUUGAUCUAUGCAGAACUGGUUCUUCAUCUUUCAUUACUGUACCUUUUCUCCCCAAGGAAGCUCCUAGACGCCCUGAUAUAUCCAAAACUGGUUCUUCAUCUCUCAUUACAAGAACUUUUCCCCCAGGGAAGCUCCUAGACGCCCAGAUCUAUGCAGAACUGGUUAUUCAUCUCUCAUUACAGGACAUUUUACCCACAGGGAAGCUCAUAGAUGCCCUGAUAUAUGCAGAACUGGGUCUUCAUCUCUCAUUACUGUACCUCUUCUCCCCAGGAAAGCUCCUAGACGCCCUGAUAUAUGCAGAACUGGGUCUUCAUCUCGGAUUACAGGAUAUUUUACCCACAGGAAAUCUCCUAGACGCCCUGAUAUAUUCAGAACUGGGUCUUCAUCUCUCAUUACAGGACAUUUUUUCCGCAGGGAAGGUCCUAGAUGCCCUGAUAUAUGCAGAACUGGCUCUUCAUCUCUCAUUACUGUAUGCAGAACUUUGCCCCCCCAGGAAAGCUCCUAGACGCCCUGAUAUAUGCAGCAGAACUGGUUCUUCAUCUCUCAUUACAGGAACUUUUCUCCCCAGGGAAGCUCCCUCCAGACGCCCUGAUAUAUGCAGAACUGGUUUUCAUCUUUCAUUACUACCUUUUCUCCCCAAAGGAAGCUCCUAG